UUUACUACCUUAGUACCUCAGGCAGGCAUACACAUACCCUUAGGCAGGCGGGCGAGUCCAGCCUUGCUAUCCAUUCAUCUCUUUAUUUUCUCUUCUUUAAUUCAAUUUAUUACACACCUACACUUACACUUUCAUCCGGCCGCUUUCUGUCAAUUUCCGUACAAUAAUUCGGAGUCCCGGUCAAGCUACUGACCGACCGAUCGCCGACCAUGAGGCCACUACCUAAAGUCAGCCUGAAGCUGCUGAAGAAGCUUCUACCGAGUAGAAGAAGAAGAAAUGGCAAUAAUGUCAAUAAUGACAUAACCAAUAACAACAACAAUGCUAGCUCUAAUUCGACAAUUUUGACAACACAAGAAGAAGCUAUCACCAACCCUAUUCCCGUUCCCACCCCUCCUCCCACUACCACCAACAUCUCUCCCAAACCAAGCAGUAACACUAGCCUCACUACCACUAAAAAGCGACCACCUCCAGCACCUCCUGUCCCACCCGAGGAAUGUCCCAUCUGCCACGACCCCGUCGGUCUCGAGAACCCAGAGGGCAUAAUCGAGUCAUGGACGAGCUUAUUCUGCGGCCACCGCUUCGGCACGCACUGCAUCCAGACAUGGCUCACGGAAUCGCUCGUGCGCGACCCUAACGCAAACCCGAGCUGUCCAAUCUGCCGCACCACAGCAAAGCACCCAUGCGGACAUCUAAUCAGCCCGCCGCCUUUCCCGUCCAUCGAGUUGAACUGGCAGGCCCCUCGCCCCCCACCGCCUCCUCCUAUGCCACGACUACAGAGACAACUGCCUGUGCGUAGGAGAUUAACUCGCCGACCGGGUCAUCCGCUACGACCCCCUCCACCCCCACCCCCACCGCCCGCGCCCCUGCAGACGCAAGGCGUGUACCCGUGGAAUAACAGUAACAACCUCGGCGGGCAGCGCGUCGCGCAGACCGUCGGUGAAUGCAAGACCUGCGCCGAGAACGCCGAGUUCGCCGAGCGCAUGCGACGGAACCUCGAAAACCGCCGACGCCAAAAUACCGCCGAAAGCAGUGCUAGCGGAGCGACAAACGCUAGUAGUACCGCCGCUCAAGACGGACGUGGUAGUAGUAGUAGGAAAUCCUCCGCCGCGACUGCGAUUAAGGCGAUUAUACCUGGUCUGAAGAGAUCUAGUAAUACGUUCCGCGCUACGGUUGUGCAUGUUGGCGUUGAGCCGCAUCACAGGGAGAGAGAUGCCGUUAGAGAAAGGAUGAGAGAGUAUCGUGGUAAUGGUGAGGCAAGUGGGAGUGGAAGUGGAAGUGGAGGACGACAGGGCGUUCUGCGUAAUAGUGUGUUUUGCACUGCGGCGCCGAGUGCGAGGGCUAUGCCUCGACGUCCGACGCCGCCGCCGGGGUAUAGUCGACGGUUGAGUAUUUGAGCAUGUGCCUAGGACUACGGAUGAUUACGGCGUUAGGCUGUGCAUGAGGAAUCACAGCUACAGGCUAGAGGGAGGAUUGAUCUGAUAGAACAAAGGAAGGUCUAGACAGAUGGCAGGAUGGAUUGCACGAAUGAGUACGAAUCUCUUUUUCAGUCUCGACAGAUCAUAAGAUGGAAGGAAAGCUAUCUAUCUAUUACACUUCCAUCUGAAGGAAUCAAGGCUCUACUUUGUU